CUUUUUUUCGUAUUGAAAGGCUUCAGUUCAAAUUCUAAUUCUAAAUUAAUAGAAUUUCAAUUUAUUUUGUUUUUCAUGUUUUUAUGUAGCUGCUAUAAGGAAGCAUUCGUUGCUUUAUCUCCCACCUACCUCGUAUUUUUAAAACGUCAUAAAUGAACAAAAAAUGUCAACAAUUGUGUAAUAAUCCUUUUUGAACCCAAUUUGUGGAAAAAUCAAAUCAAAAAAAGCAAAUUAAAUCGGUUGUAUAUGGAUAUGAAUGAAGCUUUCUCCCUACAUGUGAACGUGCGUAAACGGUUCCCGCGCACUGCGUGCUCCUAGUAUUUUCAUGGCUCCAUGGCAUAUCCGCCAUGAUGGCUUUAUGCUCAACACGCUCAACAUGGAAAGUUUCAAAGUUGUUUUAUCGUAUUUGUGACUGAGUGCGUGUAAAUAAAAACAAUGGGAACAUACUAAAGGAAUCGAAGAAUUGUUUAGUGCCCUCCUCGAACGGCCCGAGGGACGGGGAGCUAGUUUUUAGGAGUUUUUAUGUUGGCCUUGUCGAGUGUUUUGUGCUGUCAACAAAUAUGUCCAAGCUUUCAUUUAGGGCGAGGGCCCUGGAUGCUAGCAAGCCCAUGCCUAUAUACAUGGCUGAGGAACUCCCGGAUCUUCCUGAUUAUUCAGCGAUUAACCGGGCAGUUCCUCAAAUGCCAUCAGGAAUGCAAAAAGAGGAGGAAUGUGAGCACCAUCUUCAAAGAGCGAUCGUUGCUGGGCUCAUCAUUCCUACUCCAGAUGUAUCCGAAAUACCUGACAAGGAGUUCAUUGAAAGGGUUUAUCCUGCAAAUUAUAAGCAACCUCGACAGCUUAUUCAUAUGCAACCAUUUACAAUGGAACAGGAUAUUCCUGAUUAUGACAUGGACUCUGAAGACGAGAGGUGGCUGCAAUCACAGACUCAGAAAUUAGACCUAAGCCCAGUCAAAUUUGAAGAGAUGAUGGACAGAUUGGAAAAGAGUAGUGGUCAGACUGUUGUAACACUUAAUGAAGCAAAGGCACUGCUCAAAGAAGACGAUGAUCUCAUCAUAGCAGUAUUUGAUUAUUGGUUGAAUAAACGUCUUAAAACGCAACAUCCUUUAAUUUUGACUGUAAAAACUGAACAUAGAUCUGGAACUGCAGCUAAUAAUCCAUACCUAGCAUUUAGGCGACGAACGGAGAAGAUGCAAACAAGGAAAAAUCGCAAAAACGAUGAAGCUUCCUAUGAAAAAAUGCUAAAAUUAAGAAGGGACUUGUACAGGGCUGUGACAUUAUUAGAACUUGUAAAAAGACGAGAAAAAAUAAAAAGAGAAUAUGUGCAUCUAACAGUGGAAGUAUUUGAAAAACGCUUCCAAGCUAAAGAUUUCAGCGGUGUUGUAAUGGCUGAGGCAUCAGCCAUAAAAUCGUCCAGGCCUGCAUUUACACCCAUCUUUCAAAAUCAUUAUCCCAAUCAAAGUUGGGGCGGCAAAUCUAUGCUUAAUAAAGAAGAGGUUAUACCAAGGCGAGAAAAGAGGCAGUACAAAAAACGCAAACACAAAUCCUUGGGCGGUAGUAGAUCUAGCGGUUUUGGUGUUGACUCUGUAGGCGGUGUUUCAUCUGAUGAAGACGUGACGGUAUCUCAAAUGUCUCCAGAACCUGAGGACACAGAGGAUGAAAGUCAGUUCGCUUUUAGAAGAAACAAAUUAUGUUCUUAUCAUAUGCCUUUAGCUAAUGAAGGUAACUGGCCUUGGUGUUCAAAGGAAGAGAAUGGAUUGGCAGAUAAGCGAUUCAGAUUCAAUUUAACAUCUCUGUCAAACCCGCGUCGUUGUGUAGGCUUUACAAGAAGAAGGGUUGGCAGAGGUGGUAGAAUAAUUUUGGAUCGAAUUUCAACAAAUUAUGAUGACUUCUGGAGGACAUUAGAUUACUCUAUAACAGAACCUGAUAGAGAACCUAGCACCAGCACAGCUCAGGAGCUCGGUACAAUAAUUCAACAAACUGAUAUUAAAAGUGAAAUUAGUGUUAGUAACAGUGCACGGAUAAGUGAUAGUGUGAUUAGUGAUAGUAUUAAGGUGGAGAUUAAGAAGGAGCCAGAAGAAGUGCAAGAAGAAGGGGUUACUCCAUUGGAACCUGUUUAUUCGAAAGAAGAAAAUGAGGAUAUGGUUGAUUUUCUUAGGUCACUUAGGAGGGAUUGGUUACAUUUUCGACCUAAAACCCCACCACCUGACUAUGAAUCCCCAUGUGAUAUGCUUCUAUCUGAAGAGACAUUCUUCAACCCCAGUGCCAACCCAUUCUCCAUGGAGAUACAAACGUUGGAUGCACCAAGCUCUACACUCCUGGACACCUCCACUUUUGUCUCUGAUCCAUUUUCACUCGACCAGUUGGACUUGGACACUAGACAGCCUUUGGUUGUCUCGUCCACUCUCAAUACGCUUAUACCUAGUGUUAGUAGUGAUAAUAAUGACAUCGACAAUUUAUUGUCAAGUGAUUCUAGUAGUGAUAGUGACUUCAGAACUAUCGGUUGUUCGAACUUUUCAGUGAAUGAUUUAAGCAGCACCGAAAAUUCUGCUGAUGUACCUGUAAAAUCUCAACAACAGCAGCAGCAGCAACAUCAACAUAAAGUUCAAUAUUCCAGUACCUCUGCUAGUCCUAAAAUUAAUAAUGUGAAUACAAUAUCCUCAAGUGGGGAAGAUAACAGUAAGCCAGCAAGAACUAAUACUGAUGUCUUACAUGGAAAUACCAACGGAUUGUUGACUCAGUUUUGUUUUGAUGGUACAAAAAUAUCUCCUACUAGAACAAAAAAUAAUAGAUACGCUUAUUCUGGAGCAGUGGGAUAUCCAAAUGCUUCAUCAGGUACCCUGAGUCUCCACACUUCUGCACAUACUCUUACGCUUAAUAGUCAUAGUGCCAACAUAUUGGAUAUACCAAUGACUAACGAUUCUGAAACAAACAAGAUGGAUGCAGAAGCCACUGGGGGGCCUGUAUCUUCAAAUAAUAAAUCCAAGAAUAUAGUUCGAAAAAAUAACAUCAUAAUGGAGGUAACGUGAUGAUCGAUUUCAUGCCUGCCAUCCUUAAGGAUUGCAGGAUGAGGAAUAAAUUGAGUACAGGGUGUUGUAUUACACAAAACAAACAAAAACAGCAUAUAUAUGCUUGCAUGAUUUCGGUGUUAAGUUAUGAUUUAUAUAAUAUAGAAACUAGAACUCGUAUACCACUUGCUAAAAAAAAAAAAAUGAAGAUAGAACAUUACUGUACUUUUCUGCUUUGAAACGAUUCUGUAUUAAAAGAAAAAGUUGAAUUUAGAGGAUACUAAUAGAUACCUAAGUACUUCUUACAGUUUUUGUUAUGCAUUUAUUUUUACAAUUAUUGUUAUGCUCUUUAAACGUUAUUAUAUAGUACUAUAAAUUAUAUAUUUAUUCAUCAGAGUUGUUUUUUAUGAUUUUCUCAAUAGCCUCAUUUUUUGUAGCAAAUUUUUAUACAGCUCUUCAGUGACAAAUAAUUUUUUUAUAUAUAUAAAAAAAAGAUAUAUUCAUAUUUUUUUAGCUGUACUUAAUGGUAAUUUCAUAAUGAAAAAAUGGUUAAAAACUUUGGGUACAGUUGUUUCCAUAUUUAAAAAAAUAUCUGACACAUUUUUUAUAAAAAAUUAAGAAUUGCUCAUUGGGAAAUUACCAAAAUGUUGGAAAAAAACAUUUAAUGGGAUUCUUUAAAUUACAAUCAUUUGUUUUAAUCUAGUAGAUGUGUUUCUUUUUUAACUAUAUAAUUAUUAUCUCAAUGAUUGACUAUCAUUUUGUCUGCUCAGUUUUCAUUUUAAAAAAUGAAUAAAAAAUAUUAAUAAAUAAAUGGAUAUUACGUUUCAUUUGUCAUCAGAAGUUUAUGCAACUUAAAACAGUGUUCUCUUGAACUAAUAUUCUCUACCGAAGUGUGAUAACUUUUUAUAAAAAAUAUUGGACAAGGUGUUCAUGAGAGUGGAAUCUUUCCGAAGCAGAAAAAUAUUACAUUUUCACUUCUAAUAUUGAUGUGUUCAUAAAAGUGAUCAUUAUUCAAAAACUACUCAUUUUUGGCUUUAUUUCUAUUCCUAGUUUCAUAUCUAUGGUAUUCGCAUAAUUCCAUCGACACAAUGUAAAAAAAAACAAAGUGGUCCUAAAUAAUGAUGUGCUCUGUAUAGAUUAAACAUUUUUGAACGUGAAUUAUUUUUCUCGAUAUAACCACAUUACCUUAUAAAAAAAAAAUUUUUCCAAUAAAAAUAAUACAAAUUAUUUCAUAUACCAAGAAUAUGUACUAUUAUUAAUAUAAAAAAAAUGUGUAGUCUGUACAGAGCAUUAGAUUUGUGUAGGACUAAUGUAAAAAAAAUAAAAACUGUUAAGCUAAGAGUUCUUAAUAACUUAUUUUCAUUUUGUAGUUAUUGUAAUUAUAAGCAAAACUAGUUAUAUCUGUAUGAGGCUGUUGAUAUAUUAUUAGUAACUUAUUAUCUUUUUUGUAAAUUAACUUUUGUUGAAUGUACUUACUUCAUUAGAUCAUUUUUGUAUAUCUAAAUUUAUUAUUGUAUAUUUUUUUUUGUUAAUAUGAAUUAUAUGCAUUUUUUAUUUUUGUACUUUGGUCCUGAUGUUUAUGUGCCUGUAUUGGUUUAUUCGCUGGAAAAUAUAUACUACACUUUUUCUAACAAAACUGUUGUUCUCUUUCUUUAAUUUGAAUUAAUUUCUAUAAAAAAAAACACAUUUUUACAGGAAUUUGUAUUAUGGCAAAAUAUAAGUCCAACAAUUAUAUUGGAAAUUUGACUGUUAAAAGAAUGUUUCUUUUAUAAACAAAUAUUGUAUUGUUGCUUAUUACUGUUAAAAUAUUAUUAUGUUUAUAUUUGAAAAGUCCAACCAUUGUCAUUAAUUAAAAUUUCAAAAUUAUUUUUGAAUUUAAAAGAAACUAAUGUAUGAAAAUUUAUUUUCUUUCUAAAUAUUUUUAAUUUGUUAAACUGCGUUAUUAAAAUGAAAAACAUACUUUUUCAUGUAUUUUUUGGACCAUAUUUCUUAUUGCAAUAACAUUUGUUAAAUAUUUAAAUGACAACGAUUUUUAUAUUCCCCCUGUAUACAUACCAGCAACAUUAUUCAUUAAAAUGGAUAUGCAGCCGUUAAUUAAAAUUUAGUAGCUUGAUAAAUUUUGACAAAUGUUUAGACUAAGAAUAAUUUGAAGUUCACAUCAUUCAAGCUCUGGCAAAUUUUAUCAGGCUCAUACAGUUUAAUGGAUGUGCAACUAGCUGUAAAUGUUUUAAAGUAUUUGAAAUGGCUGUCCAAAAAUUAAUAACUCUCAGGCAAAACAAUAUAUUUUGUAUAUUUGAAUUUUGCAAAAGCCACUUACUAAGGUGAAAUCGUUUCUUAAGAUUCAAAUUACCAGAGCCCGUAUGUUAAUAGGUCAUGACGUAAAUAACACAUGUUGAUUUAACACGCAUUUGCGCUAAUAUGAUACAUCAUAAUUUAGUCGUUUUAAUCAACCAAAAUAAAGACAAGACCCUGAAUUAUAUUUUGUUUUAUCUCUGUCUGUUCAAUAGUAUCGUUUAUCUAUACCGUUCUCCUGGAGUCAGUAUUGAAAAGUUAAAGUACUACAUACAAUCGUCUGUCUUUACCCUAUUUUCACGUCAUUAAUUAUAUGAUUUCAAUAUAUACAUAAUUUGUUCAUCAUUAAAUCGACAAAUGUUUUGAUGAAGUGAAGUCCGUACCUGUCAUGACCUUUUAACAUAUAUGGACUCUGUUAAUUCUAAUAACAUGCGAGGGCGUACCCCAAAGAAACAACUAAUUUUGUACAGAGCUACAGCCACUGGAUUGUCAGCACCUGUUUUACAGGGACCGUAAUUGGUAUGCUGACAUGAAUGGCGAUUCUACCGGCAAAUCCUGGUACUACAAAAACUCCUAGCCCCCUAACAUCAGGUCGGUUUCUUUUGGGUUUCCCCUCGUAUAAUUAAGUUUUUAAAUUAUAGUUUUCUCUGGAUUACAAAAAAACUUUGAUGGAUAGAAGUUUGGGUUGUAGUUUAUUUUAAAGAUGUUAUUUUCGAUCAAAAUUUGUGGUAUAAAAAAAUUCUUGUUAGAGAGAUUACCAUUAAUUCAUGCUAUUAAAUCCGAAAUAAGAUUUAGUUUAACAUUGUUAGUGUUCCUUUAUCUAGAAAAUGUAAUCUUAUAAAUCACGAAAAAGGUUCCAUGUCUCUUUAAAAUGAACUUCUACAUACCAAACUUUUAGCCAUCAAAAAGUUUCUUUGUAAUUGAGCGCUAUAUUUUAAAAACUUUAAAAUUUAAUGCGAAAAUUCACUCUAGUUAUUGGUUUUUAGAGAAUCCAAUGAAUAAAUAGUUUCCGAGAUAUUUAGCACACAAGUUUUUAUAGAGAUACUCUUUAUACGGUGCUGGCAAGAUCAAACCUUCUGGUCUGCUUUGCUUCUAUCGGAGUGAAUAAAAAUUAGCGUUCCCAUUUGCAGGAGAAAAAUAAUAUCAGUGUUGGCAGUCACAAGUCGGGUUACCACUCAUUAGUGCACUGCGUAUCAUUCCUUUUCCUACAUAUGUGAACGCCAUUUAUGUUUCACUUCAACACAAGAAAAGCUCUGCUGUAGGUUUGAUCUUGCCAGCACUGCAGUCUGGGGCGUAUAAAAUUCUGAAAGUAUAAUAAAAAUAUGUAAUAAGACAAUGACAUGGUUUAUGGGUAGUUACAAAUAUAUAUGCUGUUCACACAAUAUUUUAAAUCGGGCUUGGGUUGACAUAAUUCACUGCAUUGAUUGUGGGCUACAAUACUUUAUAUUCAUAAUUUAACGCUGUUACCAUCACAGUGGAUACAAAGUAAUCUUUUAUGAUAGGGGAUCAAGAGUUAAGGAUAUGAAAUCAGAAUUUGGUUCCUAUAUGGUAUCGAGCAAUGAAUAUCUUCUGAUACCCCUUGGCACAAGUGCGUGUGAAAACUACAGAAAGGCAGUGCUAGAUCAAGCAGGAAAGAAAGAAAACCAUUUAUACGACCCGAUCGCUUUGUAACGUCUGCCAGGUCGUAUAAGCUGGCAUCGCUGGAUUUUGUUUCUUUCAUGCUUGCUCUAGUGCUGGAUCUCUGUAGUUUUCACACACACACUUGUGUCAAGGGAAAUUAGAAGGUAUUCAUUGGCCGAUAUCGUAUGUCUUUGGUGACGUUGAUCAUAUCAUUAAUAAUUUAAAUAUUUUCCCCAAUAAAUCAUUAAUUUUUGCAGCAAUCUUAUGAUAAAUAGUUAUCCACAAAACAUGUUUCUACAGUAGGCCAUGAACGACAAAGGCAGAGAUACAAGUCAUAUCCAUGAUAAGUACGCCUCUGAAUUAAAUUUAAAAAAGUAAAAUAAUUGUAUAAUCCGACAUCCAUGGCCUAGUUUAGAAAAAAAAUGUAUAAUUACAACAACAGGCUUACAUAUUACUGUUAAAUAAUAGAUCACUCAGACAGUAAUUAAAUAACUAACACAAUAUUAACUUUUUAUUUGAAAUAGCUGAAUAAUUAAGAAAUUCGUCUUCUUUAAUAGUUCGUCUUUAGUUGUAUUUGAAGUUGCUGUAUUGCAUUUUAGACUAACAUCUUUUCAUCUUCAGCAAUUAUGUGGCAACAUUUAUCACAUUAACAAUGUCAAGCUUACUAUCAACUGUGAAUAUUUGACUUUUAUGCUCAUGCCUGAUUUAUAAAUAAUGUGAGCAGAUGGUACAAUUUUUACGUCUGAAAAUGGUGCAUAUAAUUAAUCUUUUGCUUUGGUCAAUUUUUUUCUUUAAAUGUAAUGGAUUAAUUUUACGCCAAUUCUGAAUAAUUUGCAAUUUUUUUAAUUAAAUCCUUUUACAGAUCUAAAAUGUUUUCAUAAUACCUUGCUCUUGUAUAAUAUGGUUAAAAUUAUACUGGAUACAUAGUAGUGUAUCAAAGUAUGUAAAUUGAAUAAAUCAAUAAAACUAAUUGCAUUAAUAACAUCAGGUGACUAGUGAUUAAAAGAGUUAAAAAAAACUACAUUUUCCUAUUGUAACAUAUUUUAACAUUUCAGUAUUCAUUCAACCCAUUACUAACCUAUUCACAUGCAUACUAAGGGAUUGUAAGCUAGACAUAAUUAUAAUCAUUUAAGUGAAAUCUGAUUAUGGAUUAAUUAUUCUAAGUUUGAAAAACUGUUUACUGCAUUCAUUUAGUAAAAAAAAAAAUAGUAACCAGCUUUGACUAAAUUGAAUCUGCUACUACAAAAAGAUGUAUAGUAAAUUUAACCACAGUUUCUGGGGUCGAAAAUAAGUCUAUUUAAGCUAACUUUGCUUUAUAAAAAAAUGAAUAGUAAAAAAGUUUGUUAAAGUAGAAAUUUUAGAAGUUAUUUUUUUGUCCUUACUUGUUUUUAUAAGGGUUCUUUCUGCACUCAUUUUAAAACGUGAUAUCACUGAAAUCCUACAUAUGUUUUGUAUUUGUUUUUAUCUCCUAGUAUUUGUAAAAGCUUUAAUUACUGAGUUACAUAUUAUAUGCCACUGAAGGAAAAGAAGAAGAAAAAUUGAUCAUAAACCAUUAAACAUUUGUUCACGAUUUUUUUUUUAUUAUUAUUUUACAACUUCAUUUAUCAUUCUAGUAUUAUCGAUCACCUAUGAAGUUGUAAAAUAGUAAAAAAACAAAUAUUCAGUGGUUUAAGAAAAAAUUCAAUAUGAGCACUAUGACCUUCCUUUAGAAAUUAAGGCUUUCACAAAUACUUAGAGACAUAAAAAAAAUUCAAAACAGAUGUAGGGUUUUAGUGGCGUUGUUUUUAACUGAAUUCCAUUGUCUAAAGGGUCAAAGGAGUGUGCAACCCUUCUAAAAACAGAAUUAAAUUAAUUUUAUUAAAUGGCAUUAACUUCAUUUUAUUGGUCACUGUAUACUAACAUCGCACGUAUAUUUUCUUGAGCCGUUUUAGAGUAAGCAAAAAAUCACUUCUGAAAUUUCUACUUCAACACCUUGUAACUUUUCUACUAUCCAUUUUUUAUGUAAGCAAGUUAGCUUUAAUUGACUUAUUUUCGAUCCCAAAAACUGUGGUCAAAUUUUGUUACACCUUGUAAAUAUUGUAAAGUCUUUAGCACAUGGAUACAAACUUUUACGAUUCCAUAAUAACAUUUUUAAAUGGUGCAAGAUAAUAAUGACAGUAAUAAUUCUAACAAAAUUAAUGUUCAAAAUUAUUUUGUAUGUAUCACAUAUUGAACACAAAUCUCAAUAGUUAAAUAAUACUAUUGCUUGAUGACCUGGAAUAUAAAGUCAUUCAGUAUUGGAAAAAUUUCAUAUAUCUAGAAUUGUCUAGUUCCUUCUAUUGGUUUUUUAACUCAUCACUAGUCAAAAAAUGAAAAAUGUGUUUAGUUUUGUUUUACUGGAUUGUUUUUAAAUAAAGCCUUUGUCACAUUCACUUGAAAUUGUAAAUAUAUUUUUAUUUUUUUGUAAAUACAUGUAAAUGUAUAAAACAGUAUUUUUUUGUACAAAAUUGUAAUUUCUGUUUUUAGAUAUUAAGCACUUGGUUAUGGUAAAGGCGUUAUUUAAAAAUACGAACUAAAUAGAAUCGAUGGUGCAAAAUAGAAAUUAAGUAAAAUAUUUGGGGCACAUAAAAGAAUAAAAAAAAAACAGAACGAAUCUUUUGGUGCUUUCAUAAAGCGAAUUUGUUGUGGGAUAACAUAUUGGCUUUUCCACUGAAUUCUUGUACAUUUCAAGUUUAGAUUAUGUCACGUUAAAUUAACAUUAAUCGGUAAUUAUAAAAAAAAAGUAUAGUAAGAGACUGAUUUGAAGAAUAUUUUUGUGUAUUAAUAAAAAACAAAAAUAUAAAUAGAAAAAAAAGUGAUUGACAUAUUGGAACUGCACAAAUUUCAGGGAUUGCCAAUAUUUUUAACUUUUUCACCUACACGAAAAACUUUAAAGAUGUGAUCCUUUAAAUAUAAACUUACAUUUUUGGUCUUUGUCAUUGAUCGUAUUAGGAUUUUGAAUUAAGCCCCAUAAAACAUUCCUCGAUUACGCGCUCUAUAUGAAUUGUAAAAAAAGUGAUUCAACAGUAAAAAUUACAAAAAGGUGUGAUCAUAUAACCAUUAGAAUUAUUAUAAAUAUUAUCUAUUAAGCAGUUGUCUGUUGAUUCACUGAGAUUUAAAACUAUUUAUACGGGAUGGCUUGGAUUUGUUAAGAUUGUCUCACACUUUUUUCUUAUAUACAACCAACUUAUUUUGAGGGACAUGUGAGAGAUAACUGUUAAUUGUAAUGAUCAUAUAUUUUAACUGUUAGUUUGCUUAAUAUUUUCGGUGAUGGAUUAAGGCCUACAUCAAACUAAAUCUUUUAUGGAAUUCUAAUUUAAAAUUCCAUUUAUCAAUUACAUAUUUUCAUGUAAUUAUUUGACUUGUUGGAGAUAAUAAAAACACAAAGACAAAUAAAAUAUGUGUAUUCAUGUAUUUAAUGUCUGACUGACAAUAGUCGUAAGUUGAAUUUCUAAAACAAUAGAGAUUUGAUUUUUGUGGGCAUUUGGUUUUCAUUUUAUACUGAGUAAUCCUGAUCCUACUAAUAUUUUUCUGAUACUUUAUACAUCUCGUGUAGAUAUAAAAAUUCUCUUUAAUCACUUCAUAUAUAACAUGUCGCGGUAUAGUUGAUAAAACUUUUCAACUUACAUUUUGUAAUUUAAUGGUAAAUGCUUAGCUGUCCGUAAUCUUAACAUAUUCAUAUUUUUAAGUACUUUUACUGCAGAUAGUCCCUACUGUAUCAUUGUGUUUUGCCGACAUGAUUGCGGACUGCUUCAUUAGAAUGUGGUAUUUAUUUUAUAAACCAAUUUCUAUAUUACGGGUCUUUGAAUGUUCUGGGUUUUCUCAAUUAGGACAUCUGAAUGUGAAUAUUUGUAAAUAUGUGAUUAGUUAUGUGUAAGUAAAUUCAAAAAGAAAUAAAAUCUCAUAGCAGGUUUUAGAAUCAA